AGGCCGACGCCAAGCGAUCAUCUGAUUGUGAAGGAAGUUGUCAUCAUAUGUACAUCCGGUUGGAUAUCAACAAAGUCCUCCAUUAUUCUUCCGUCUCAAAAAUAAAUUCAAUCGGAAAACAUCUACUGUGAGAUGUGAACUUUUGGAUACACCAUAGGCUUAAUGAUAACAUUGGAACACAAUCGUUUAAAAGAAAUUUUUACUGAAGAGACACACACUCACAGACGAUGAGCUUCCUUUUUGGAAGUCGCAGUAACAAAACUUUCAAGCCAAAGAAAAAUAUCCCUGAGGGUACACAUCAAUAUGACUUGAUGAAACAUGCAGCAGUCACCUUAGGUAGUGGAAAUUUGAGACAGGCUGUGUCGUUACCUGAAGGAGAAGAUCUCAAUGAAUGGGUGGCCGUCAACACGGUUGACUUCUUCAACCAGAUCAACAUGCUGUAUGGAACCAUCACAGAGUUCUGUCUGGAGGAGACAUGCCCGGUAAUGUCAGCUGGACCUAAGUAUGAGUACCAUUGGGCUGAUGGGCAAACUAUCAAGAAGCCCAUCAAGUGCUCUGCCCCCAAAUAUAUUGAUUACCUCAUGACGUGGGUGCAGGAUCAGCUUGAUGAUGAGGCCUUAUUUCCUUCAAAGAUUGGUGUACCCUUUCCCAAAAAUUUUCUCUCCAUUGCCAAGACGAUUUUGAAGCGCCUUUUCCGAGUGUAUGCCCACAUUUAUCAUCAACACUUCAAGGAAGUAGUUCAGCUGAGUGAGGAGGCUCAUCUGAACACAAGCUUCAAACAUUUUAUUUUCUUUGUCCAAGAGUUCAACCUUAUUGACAGAAAAGAGCUGGCACCAUUACAAGAAUUGAUUGAUCGCCUUACUAGUAAAGACCGAUGAGUGUUCACAUGUAGCUUGUAUGUAGAAAUAGUAAUGUCGGCCUAGGAUUCAUGGAAAACUUGAAGCUUCCCUUGAUUGUUUUGUUACCCCAGCAAGUUUUAUUUCAUAUCAUAAGCUUCCUGAUUUGUUGUAUGUCUUAGCCUGGUUAAUGAAACGAAGAUUUUUCAUAAGCAAAUUAAGAUCUAUGUGCGUUGGACAUUCAUCAUCAAUAGCACCUAUUGCAAGACUUUAUUUGUGAUCAACACUUGCUUGAAAUAAUUUGGUAUUGCAAUAGGCACAAAUGAAUACUUUGUAAUAUUUUUUGUGAUUUUGGCUGAUUACAUUUUAUUUGUGCCUACUGCUGUGUGUAUCUGUUUGGAAAAUGAUUUGCACUAUUUGUGCAUAGUGUGUGCAAUUGAUUGUUGUUUUUAUUUUCUAUGUUUUACAAAUUAUAUCUUGUUUCCCAAAUUCCCUAUAAUUUGUAAUAAUGAUCUAUAUAUUUAUAUAUUAGUAGAAGGAUGUUAUUGGCACUGGGAACCAGCCAAAUUGUACAUCUACUGGCUUGAUCAUUGCAAAAGGGUCACAUUUGGUACUGGGGUCUUGAAGGAAAUGCAAAAAUUUCUCAAUUUUAAACUUUUUUCCCCCUUUAUAUUUGAAGUCCUCUACAGCAUUUAUUUUAUAUUUUCUUUACAUAGUUUCUUUUACCACUUUAUACAGAAUGGUGGUGCUAAAUGAUGAACAGAAAAAUUUUCCCUUUCCACCUAUCUUCCACCUGAGCAAAGCCGCGAACUCAACCUGUUGUAACAAUGCUAGUCUCUCUAUUUUCUUAUACUCUGUGAGAAAUUGAAUUUCUCGAUUGUGGAAAUUGUAUAUAUUUACCUUUGAACGGAUUUUUACAUGAAGUCAUUCUACCAUACCUUUAACCUGGAUAGAGGAUAAAGUGUGGCGUCUGAAAAGGUUUUAAAAAAUUUAUUAAAAACAUUUUUCUGUUAUUUUAAUUAAAUUUUUUAAAUUAAUUAAUUUAUUAUUAAUUUUGUAUACCAUACUCUUAUUUUUAACCACUGAUCUAUGUAGAGUGUAACUUUGAGUUUGCUUGUGAAGUUGUAUUAUGUGGAAUGAUGUAUGUUGCAAAUUCCAGUAUCUUUUGUGGACCAAGUAUUUUGUUACCCGUUAUCCAGUUUCACUGUUAAAAUAUGUAGAACUUCAAACCAGUGAUUGCACCCUUACAAAUUGAUUAGACAUGUAUUCUGCUGCAUGUGCCAUUGCAUACCAUUGUCAUAUCUGGUCAUCCCUCCUCUCCAUUCUUUGUUCUGUACAUUGCUUUGUGCAUAUGAUGUAAAAAAAUAGUCUUUCAUUGGGGAGGAAGGGUAGAUGGUCAUCUAUGAAGGAGGUUGAAGGUUCUGUUUAGGUCAAUACAAUUGACUCGUAACUGUACCAGUUUUCACCUAGUGAUGCACUUUAUCUUCAAUAAUUGUUGAAUGGCUUUGGCAAGUUUUGACUCUAGGGACAUCUGCAUUGUAGUCAAAACAGUGGACUCUAAAAGACCGGUUAAGUCUAUGGCUGAUGUCUCAAAAACACCUGUCAGUGAAGGAAUAUAUCCUUGUAAUGAAAUUCAGGGUCUGGUGAAUGGGAGAGUUAAGAGAGUUCAGUUGCCCUUUGUCGACAUGUUUUCAUUGUCAGCCUUGCUAGUAAAGUUGUAUGGCACAUUUUUGAUUGAUACAAGCUUUUAUUGUAGUUUUGGCAACUGUUCAGGUUUCCAAAGCAUAGCAUACUGCAUAAAAAGUGGCUACAGAAAUAGAUGUAUGUUUCCUCUUUCUUCAUAGAAGUGAUAGAAGUGGUAAGUUCCUUGUGGAUUUACUUCUUUUUUUUUUUUACUUAUACUAUUUGAAAUUUCAGUAGCGUGUAGAUAGAAAAAGACAAAUCACAUGACAGUUGUGAUAACACACACAUAUAUAUAUAUUCAACAUGUCAAUAUUUGUUAUGUGGAACUUGGGAUGUUAAUUCAGCUCAAGAAAGGGUACUCAAAAGCAAAUGUUGAUGUUGUAGGAAAAUCAUUCUAAAUAUGCUUGUACAGUAACCAUGCUCAUGUUUACCCUCAUACUAAUUUUGACUUUCGGCCCACAGGAGGAUUGCUUUUAUGAAUUAUGUGAGUGUGGUGAGCAACAUCUGCUUUAUAUACUGAGCCAUGAGCAGAAUGACUGCACAUUCUACUUGGCUUAUUAUUACAUUGUUUCUCUGAGAUGUUCUAGCCGCUCACUAUGUCCAGACGAAGAAAUCCAUGGAGCAGUUCUGUGUGUUAUUUUAGAAAUAGUGUUUUAACAUUUCAGUUGUUGCAUUUCUUUUGUUUGUGGAUAGUGUCAUAAUGAAUUAAUUUUUUUCCCUUUAGUAAUUAAGCACACCUUAAUGCCUACUUUACCCCUCUUUUCACAGGUAGUGCUGAAGUAAAUUAUAUUUUCCCUGUGGCUGUGGUGAUUUUACUGGAAUCCGUUCCUCCACAUUAAAAAAUAUUGUUUGCAUAAAAUAGGUAUAUUUCUUUCGUCACAAAAUGCAAAGAAAUGUAAUAUGUGUAAUAUACUGUACCAUUGCACUUGGUCAUUAGUGGAGAGCGCUCUGGUGUUUUGUAAAGACCCAAAUAAUAAAUACAUCUUUUUAGUGAUGUGACAAAUUGUGAUGAAACUGACUUUGGUAUUUAUUUCAGACUUACACGUAACUGCCUUUGAUCCUACUCUCAUUGUAUUGUCUGACAUCCUUUACAAGAGCACCCUUCAAUCUUAAUGCACUCGAAGUACAUGCUGUAUUUUUCUUGUCUGAAAUUUAUUAAGUUCCAGAAGCUAAAAAUAUCAAAUUAUUCUGACUAAAGUCAUAGCAGAAAGGCAGGUCUCUCAACUGACUAUAUAUAGGAAAUCACUGUCUUUGAACAUAGAAUAACAGUGAAUUAAGGGAGGAAAAGGUACCAGUGGCAAAACAAAAGUAUGUUAAUCACAUUACUUUUACAUGUAUCCUGUAAUGUAAGCCUUUAAAACAAAGUUGCCAAGAAAAAGUAGACGUACCCGUACUUGUUCUUUUCAUUUGUGACCUAUGACAUGCUCUACCAGGGUUGCGAUGUGUACUAAAAUGUCCGGGCACACACACAGACCUCAACAUUCCUAAAUCCUUAGUUCCUAGUGAAUAAGUUAUGGUGGAGUCAAAAUUGUGAAGUGCACUGCUGGCUGUGGUAAUGGUUGAAUCCUUUACUUUGUUGGAAAAAGGGGCUUAUUCAAUUCCUGUGCGACAAGGAAAUUUUGUCCAGUAUCACAGUCUUUCUUCUUGGACCCAUCCUGCACUGCCUGGGCCGGACUCGUAAAUCAUGAGAUUGUGGGUUUUAGGGUUUAAGGUUUGGCUUGGUCAAGUGUUUUGUUCUUGGGUAAGGCCCUGUACAUGAUUUCUUAUUUGGCUCAGUCCUUUCAGAGAUGGACGUUAAAUUCGGAGGUCCCGCCUCUUAAAUAACUUAACAAUAUUGGAUGGGGCAUUAAACAUAUACAAUUUUGUUGAUAAGAAUGUAAAACUUUUACUUCUUAUAUACGAUCGGUUUCCCAACAGUUCAGUUCUCUGCGCUUGUGCCUCAAUGUUACAAAACGUGGGUUAGCAGAUCAACUUGGACACUUUAUUUGUUAAAUUUUAGCUCCACUGUUUAUUCCUCUGCAGUUCUGUUUUCUGGUUCACAAAUCCUUGGUGACAAGUAUCUACUGCAGUGGACUUUGCAUAAGAUGAUGUCAAAGGAACGUGGAAAUUAUAUGAAUUUAAUCAUGACAAUUAUCUGGUAAUGUCUGGUUAUCAAAUGUUUUUCCAAUGUGGUCAGGGGAUACACUAAAGGCAUAUAUUAUGUAUAUCAAAAAAUCUUUUUCAAAGUUCGUCUUAAGCAAAGUCUCUUGAACUUUAAAAUAUAUUAACUGGUUUUGUGACCUAUUAUUCUAACUUAUUCAAUUGAUUUUGGGUCUCAUGCAAGUUGCUCUUUUCUCUAGUCAGCUGCACAUUUUGCUGAGCUGAGCAGUACACUUGGGAAGUAGUGGCAGUGGCCCCUCUGCUGACAUUCAUAUCUAUACACAGCCCUGUGUCUUUUCCAUCUUCCAGUUCUGUCCAUUUUAUUGAAAAAAAUGUUUUUUUCUGAGUGCACCACCACACAAAAGAAGAGAUGACGGUGUGUUGAUAAUAAUAUAUGUUAAGCUCUGUUUUCUGGACCUACUUCAGUUUUGACACAGUUCAGGUUUUUAAAAAAAUAUAGUGCUCUGACAGGUUUACUUAAGUAACUCAAUGUGGAGGUUUGAAAUGUCUCAUGCUACUCAGGGACAGUCUCAAAGAUAUUCUCUACUAAUGUAGAAAGAUUUUACAAGAGGUGCGAAGAUGCUGAAAAACUACACUAUGCAUUACUUGGGGGGGGGGGGAUUACUGUUUUUGUGUCCAAGGCAAGUCGCUUAAAGGCAGCUGUUUUUUUUUUUCAUAUAUGUUCUUAUUCAUAAUAUUUUCCUGCAUGCUUUUAGUUUUUAAUCACUCUUGUCUGUAAUUUAGUGAAUUGCAUGCAUGUCUGUACAUAUUUCUGUCGCAAAUUUCCUUUCUCCACUACUGUCUUGUAUGGGUGAUGGUGGAUUUCUGUUGAUUUUUUUUUUUCCUGGUUAUUUUGCAUUAGAAGUAACUAUUUCAUGCAAGGUGCCUUUCAUUUCUUUACAGAACUGUUUUUCUCUUUGCUUUCUCUUCUUUUCUACUUCUAUUCUGUUAUUCUUGCCUAUUUUGGGAGAUAGGGUGGGUUUAAUUCUGUAAGUCUUUGGGAGUGGGGGGGGGGGGGGGGGCGCAGUAUUUUUUAGUACCAGCAAAUGACGAAUGGGACAUUGGGGGUAUUUAAAGACCGAAAAAGUAAGAUUUUGCCUUACUGGAUAUCAUGUUGAUAUUUUCUAUAAUGGCUUACUCGACUGAUGUUCUCAAAGCCAUGUUUUAUUUUUAGUAAUUGCCUGCAGUAAUUUUCAGUAUGGUAAAUGUGGAAGUCCAUUUUGUGUGUUGAUAUAAUACCUUCAUGUUUGCAUGUCAACUUGGAAUAAAGCACAUUCAAAAUGA